AUGGGUGAGAAAUCGGCUUAUUUGAUGCUCAUGGACGGCGAGACCCUGCGCCGCAUUGGCAAAGGCAGCGGCUUGGACCUCAUCGCCGCAACCAAGAGCUGGAUCGCCCGGACUGCCCUCUGCGCUCCACCGCAACUCUUGGCCAGAAACGCCCAGGGAAAAUUGACGGGGGAGAUCGUCGUGCAGCCCGAUCCACAUCUGUACUCCAAUAGCGAGGGCGUCCUUUUGAUGACUGUGGUGCUCACCACUGACAUCAAAGACACCCAUCUCUGGCAACCUGCAGGUGAUUUGAUGAGCUAUCGAUUGGGAAGCCCUCCCGUGCAGUGUGGACUUUGUGGCACCACCGUGGCGCUUCGGGAGCUCUAUGCGCACCAGAACGAGUGCCCUGAGGUGAUGGUGCCUUGCCCUCGCUGCGACAAGCGGGUGCUCAUCCGACAUCUCUCCGCCCACCAGAAAGGCGACGACUGCCUGAGCUCUACGGGCAUGGCGACGCAGACGGUGGAUCUGGACACCGAAGAUGUGGGUUCUCAAUGUGUGACGCCCGCGCUGCUGCCCGUGGGAGUGCAGACCAGUUACAGCUCGGCCAUGCUGGCGCCCAAGCUGGUGUGUGAGGAGCCGGUGGCAGCGCUGGUGCCCUUCUUGGCACUUCGUUGGGCGCCACCCACCCCGCAGGUGCGGCAGCUGCUGACAGAGUACCAGCUCACAGUGAGCGAGUUUGUGGGAGAGCAAUGGAAGCUUUUGAGAGUUGAACUCCUCGACAUCGAACGGCUGGAGAGGUCCUCGGGGAGCGGCGAGCUCCGCCACGAGCUCACGCAGCUGCGGCCGGGGACGAAGUAUCGGCUCGAGCUCCAGCUGCGGGCAUGCGAUGUCCCAAGGCGGUGUUGA